AAAAUCCUCCCUUUAAAUUACUCACAAACACCCCAUUUUCACAGACCAUAGCUCAAAAUGUCGAAGCGGGGGCGUGGAGGAUCGGCCGGAAACAAGUUCCGGAUGUCGCUGGGUCUGCCGGUGGCGGCGACGGUCAACUGUGCUGACAAUACCGGAGCCAAGAAUCUCUACAUUAUUUCCGUCAAAGGUAUCAAGGGAAGGCUGAACAGGUUGCCGUCGGCUUGCGUCGGAGAUAUGGUCAUGGCCACUGUGAAGAAAGGGAAGCCUGAUUUGAGGAAAAAGGUCAUGCCUGCCGUCAUCGUGAGGCAGAGGAAGCCUUGGAGGCGAAAGGACGGCGUGUUCAUGUAUUUUGAAGAUAAUGCUGGUGUUAUUGUAAACCCAAAGGGAGAAAUGAAAGGUUCUGCUAUUACUGGUCCAAUUGGAAAGGAAUGUGCUGAUUUGUGGCCAAGGAUUGCUAGUGCAGCAAACGCUAUUGUUUAAGCAACCAAUCAACUGAUGUUUUUUUAUUGAGGAUUAUGUUUUGAAUAUGAGAUGUUUUCUUGAUGCAUUUUGUAUUAGAUUUUGAUUGGUGGCCUUCCCAUGGUUUAAACUUAUAGCACUUACUGUUAAUAAUACAAUUCUCCUUUGCCCA